UUCUGACACAACUGUGUUCGCUAGCAACCACACAGACAACAUGUCGUUUCUGAGUGCUGAGGAGAAGGGUCUGGUCAAUGGCCUGUGGAGCAAGGUGAACGUGGAUGAAGUUGGCGGUGAGGCCCUGGGCAGGCUGCUGGUUGUCUACCCCUGGACUCAGAGGUUCUUUCAGUCCUUUGGGGACCUGUCCUCUGCUGAUGCCAUUAUGAGCAACGCUAAGGUGAAGGCCCAUGGCAAGAAGGUGCUGAACUCCUUCAGUGAUGGCCUGAAAAACAUCGACGACCUCAAGGGCGCCUUUGCUAAGCUCAGCGAGCUGCACUGUGACAAGCUGCACGUGGAUCCCGAGAACUUCAGGCUCCUGGGCAACGUGCUGGUGUGUGUGCUGGCCCACCACUUUGGCCAUGAAUUCAACCCCCAGGUGCAGGCUGCCUUUCAGAAGGUGGUGGCUGGUGUGGCCAGUGCCCUGGCCCACAGAUACCACUGAGCUCCCUUUGUUGCUUUCCAGGGAAACUCCCUUGGUCCCCAGACCCUAAUACCUGGACAUGUCUAAAUCAUGAAAUUCUUUGAACAUCUGGCUCCUGCCUAAUAAAGAAUAUUUAUUUUCAUUGCA